UACAUAUAACAAUGAAUGGGAAACAUUCGAUUCCCCAAUGCUCGCUAGUCUACAGUGCCACUCGACCUCGACUUAUCAGUCGUCAACUCGGGUUGAGUUUUAAAAAAAUAUUGUUUUUCUAAUCCAAAUUUGAGUUCUUAUCAUUCCUAGUUUUAUCGAGGUCCAUAGUACUACAUGUUCAUUCGUGACCGCGACUUCGUAGUGGCCGUUCACUUCCAAUCCAAUUUUGUGAUUCUGUUGCUGUGCUCUUGUGUCGCUUGUUUUAGGGUUCCUUUUCCUUGUGGUUUGUGCUCAUUUUAGGAAUUUUUCAUUUGCCAAGUAGCCCGGAGGAGACUUACCAGUUCAAAUGUAUAUGGGAGGGAAUAUGGAUGGAAUAGGCUUUAGCAUAGCGCUAGGCGCUAUACGGGCUCUAGCCUUCAUUUACGACAUCCUAACCUUCCCAAUUUACGUGCUCCUCCAGAGGCCUUGGCAACAGCGACAGCAUUCCAGAAAAAUUAAGGCAUUUGUCGCGUCGACCGAACGUGAAAAUAAUAAGAAAGAUGAUGUUUCCAUUGAAAUGAGGGAUCUAACAAACAAAUUCGUAGAGACAUCUACGAUAAAUAAUAAUAACUAUAAGGCCCAACCAAUAUCUCAGGACGCCAAAACCAUUACCUACAGAUCGACCAUGCAACCUGGACCUCUGCACGUGACGCUGUUGCGGGAGAAGGUCGACACCAUGGUCAAACUGAUGGAGUUUGUUACGAAAAAAUACCCCAACAAGAGAUGUCUGGGUACCAGGGAGAUUUUCGGCGAGGAUGAUGAGCAACAGUCCAAUGGAAAAGUGUUCAAAAAGUUCAACAUGGGUGAAUACCGCUGGAAAACGUAUUCCGAAGUGAACAUGUUGGCCACCAAUUUUGGAAAGGGACUGAGAGAGCUCGGUUGCAAGCCCGGAGAAAACGUUGUCAUCUUCGCCGAAACAAGAGCUGAAUGGAUGAUUGCAGCCCAUGGACUUUUCAGGGAAAAUAUUCCAUUAGUCACCAUUUAUGCCACAUUAGGAGAUGAAGCUAUCGCUCAUGGAAUCAACGAAACUGAUGUCACCACUGUGGUGACAUCCUUUGAACUGAUGCCCAAGUUUAAGAAAGUGCUCGCUUUAACUCCGAAAGUGAAAACCCUGAUUUACAUGGAGGACCAGCUGAAGGACUUGGAUAAAACCGGAUAUGCCGAUGGUAUCCAAAUCAUCAGCCUCACAGAGGUUUUGAAAAAAGGAAAAGGAUCGAAAUAUGGUUUAUGUUCAAGACAGAUUUGUUUGCAGAAUCACAAUUGCAAGUGCAAGUUUCAAAAAGAAAGCAGUCCUCCCGAAACAAAUGAUCCAGCCAUCAUCAUGUACACCAGUGGCUCUACUGGGGUGCCUAAGGGCGUAAUGAUUUUGCAUAAGAAUCUGAUUGCCACUUUAAAGGCUUUCUGUGAUGCUACCGAUAUCUACGAGCAAGACAUAAUGAUUGGAUUCCUACCUUUGGCCCAUGUUUUUGAGCUACUGGUGGAAACCGUGUGUCUUUGUGCUGGCGUGCCGAUUGGCUACUCCAGUGCUCUCACUAUGCUUGAUUCGUCCAGCAAAAUUAAGAAAGGCACUAAAGGAGAUGCGUCGGUCCUGCAGCCCACUUGCAUGACAAGUGUGCCGUUAAUAUUGGAUAGAAUCUCGAAAACCAUACAAGACAAACUAGGAAAAAGCAGCGACCUUAAAAAGCUGAUCUUCAAAUUCUCGUAUGAUUACAAGGCGAAAUGGGCAAGAAGAGGAUACGACACGCCCAUUAUCAACAAGUUUGUAUUCGGCGCAAUUCGUCAAUUAAUGGGAGGCCAUAUCAGAUUGAUCAUCUCAGGGGGAGCGCCAUUGGCUCCAGAAACUCACGAACAAAUCAACAACUGUCUUUGCGCCACAAUUAUUCAGGGGUACGGCUUAACUGAGACGACUUCAAGCGCUUGUGUACAGGACUUCUAUGAUAAAUCGUUCGGCCGAGUUGGAGGUCCCACCACAAUAUGCGAAAUUAAAAUAACGAACUGGGAGGAAGGUGGUUACAGAGUAACAGACAAGCCAUACCCUAGAGGAGAGAUUUUGGUUGGAGGUGAUAAUGUUAGCGCAGGCUACUACAAAUUGCCAGGAAAAACUGCUGAAGAAUUCCUGGAAGCAGAUGGUAAAAGAUGGUUCAAGACUGGAGAUAUUGGCGAAGUGCAUGAUGAUGGCGUAGUCACUAUUAUUGAUCGGAAAAAGGACUUGGUAAAACUGCAAGCUGGCGAAUACGUGUCACUUGGAAAAGUUGAGACGCAACUGAAAACAUGCCCGCUGGUGGAUAACAUCUGUGUUUAUGGGGAAUCCUCAAAGCAGUACUGUGUGGCUUUAGUCGUGCCCAACCAAUCGAACCUGAUGGAACUGGCAACCAAAAUAGGCAUGGGCGACAAGAACUUUGAAGAACUGUGCGAUUUGCCCGAGAUGGAAAAGGCUGUGGCUAAUGAAUUGGCUGAACAUGCAAAGAGAGCAAAAUUGCAAAAGUUUGAGAUUCCCCAUGCCGUUAAACUAGUCGCGGAAGUUUGGUCUCCAGAUAUGGGUCUCGUUACAGCCGCUUUCAAACUGAAGAGAAAAGAUAUCCAGGACCGUUAUCAGUGCGACCUUCGAAGAAUGUACGCAUCUUGAGAACCGAAAAACUGGUUCCAAUAGGUAACGUAAGUUGUUCCCAAGAGUCUAAAGUGGAACUACUUGCCAAACUUUUGAGAUAUCUGUAACCUGGCUCCUAACCACAAUACUGUAGUGUAAAAACAAAAAAUCUCGAGGAUAAUUUGCAGGUUUCGUUUUAAUACAUCACUCCUUUUAGUUCAAGGUGGGAAUAAAUGCGUUUUGCUUCACCUUGUUAAUUUGUAUGAAUUUAAUGCGCACUAGAGUCUUGCAAACACUGUUGCAGACUGAAUGAAACCGUAUUAUUUCAUCUUCAAUUCAAAAUAGGGACUUAUUUUUCACUGUACUCAUAGGUUUAUCUGGUUCGCAAAAUAUAUGUGGCAACUUUUCCGGUGCAAUCGGUUAGCACAAGCAACAUUUAGCAAGUCUAGCGUAAUUUAUAGCAAUAGAUUACCGGCAGCAGUUGAGCAAAUGGAAAUCAUUUCUACUAGUAAGUCGUCAUGUUUAGAUUUUAAUUAUGUUUGUUAUCCUUUUUUUUAAUGCAUAGGAGUUUAUUAUUAAAAUUCUCAUUCCCAAAUUGGCAUUUUCCGUCUAUGUACGCGCGUAUUAAAAUUGUAGAUUAGCAGCUAUGUUUGCUUUUAUCAAAUUACAUUUUAUAUCAAAAUUAA